GCUCUUCCGGUCCCAGAGGGGAAAGCCUGUGUCCUGGACCUCCAUGCACCCCUGGGACCGUAGACACCGCCCAGCGGGGAGUCCCGGGAUCUCACGGUAAAAAAUAACAUUUGGAUUAUUCAUCAAGUUCUUGAACAUUGGACAGUUCCUUGUUCUGUCUGGCCUGCCACUUUCUGAACAUCUGAGAAAUAGUGUUUGUGAACCUAGAUGACUGCACACCAACCCUGAUUUUUGCUGAUGUAGUCACACUGCUAUCCUGAGAAGUAUUGGCUGGUGGUUUUCCAAACCUGAAGUCUUUUCUAAUCAAAGCAAGGAGAAGAUUUACAGAUAUCGAAUAUGCAAGGAGCUGAAGAGAGAACUACUGAAAUAGAUACUUGUCCAGGUUGGAAGAACAAGCCUGUUGCAAAGCAGGGUAUUUUUCAAAUUGAUCCACCAGGGAGAAUAGCAAAGAGACUGCAAGAGGAUGAACAGCAGGGUUCUAUGUUGGAAGAAAAAUAUGCCUGUGAGGGGAUAAAGGAAAACUCUUGGGAAAAGGCUCCUGGGUCACACCUUUUCCAGGAAGGAGGUUUUGGAGGAAUAACUUUUGUCCACGGAGAAGCAUCCCCUGAAAUGUUUAGUCAAGAAUAUAAUUUUGAGAAAAGCUUGCUUUUGACCUCUAGCCUUGUUACACAUCUCAGGGUUUCUACAGAAGAGAGUCUGCAUCAGUGGGAAACAAGUAAUGUACACACCAGUGAGAUUUCAGACCAAAGUAAGUAUUUAACUCUCUCCACACAGAAAAAGUCGUGGCAAUGUCAGGAAUGUGGAAAAAACUUCACUCAGAGCUCAUCCCUUACCCAACAUCAGAGAACUCAUACUGGAGAGAGACCUUAUGCAUGCGAAGAGUGUGGGAAAGCUUUUAGUCGCAGCUCAUUCCUUGUUCAACAUCAAAGAAUUCACACUGGAGUGAAACCAUAUGGGUGUGAGCAAUGUGGGAAGGCCUUUCGAUGUCGAUCAUUUCUUACUCAGCAUCAGAGAAUCCACACCGGAGAGAAACCUUACAAAUGUAAUGAAUGUGGGAAUUCUUUUCGCAAUCAUUCACAUCUCACUAAACACCAGAGAAUUCACACUGGAGAAAAACCCUAUACGUGUAAUAGCUGUGGAAAGGCAUUCAGUCAGAACAUACACCUUAUUCAUCAUCAGAGAAUUCACACGGGUGAGAAACCCUACUUAUGUAAUGAAUGUGGCUCUUCUUUUCGUGAACACUCAAAUCUUAUGCAACAUCAGAGAAUUCACACGGGGGAAAAACCACAUAAGUGUGACGACUGUGGGAAAACCUUUCAAACAAAGGCGAACCUCUCUCAGCAUCAGAGAAUUCAUACUGGAGAGAAACCCUAUAAAUGUAAGGAAUGUGGCAAAGCCUUUUGCCAAAGCCCAUCUCUUAUUAAACACCAGCGAAUCCAUACCGGAGAAAAACCAUAUAAAUGUAAGGAAUGUGGCAAAGCUUUUACUCAGAGCACCCCACUCACUAAGCAUCAGAGAAUUCAUACAGGGGAAAGACCCUACAAAUGCAGUGAAUGUGGUAAAGCCUUCAUCCAGAGCAUUUGCCUUAUUCGGCACCAGCGAAGUCACACUGGAGAGAAACCCUAUAAAUGUAAUGAAUGUGGAAAGGGCUUUAAUCAGAAUACCUGCCUCACUCAGCAUAUGAGAAUUCAUACUGGGGAGAAGCCCUAUAAAUGUAAAGAAUGUGGGAAGGCCUUUGCUCAUAGCUCAUCUCUUACGGAACAUCAUAGAACUCACACUGGCGAGAAACUCUAUAAAUGUAGUGAAUGUGAAAAAACUUUUCGCAAGUAUGCACACCUUAGUGAACACUACAGGAUUCACACUGGUGAGAAGCCUUAUGAAUGCAUUGAAUGUGGAAAAUUCUUCAGACACAGUUCAGUCCUUUUCAGACAUCAGAAACUUCACAGUGGUGAUUAAUCCUGGCAUUUAGCUUACGAAAGUUUCUCUAGAAAUAGUGCCUAAGAACCUGGCUGGGAGGACAGGGGUGGGUAGGGAGAUGAGACUGGGCUACUCUCCUCAUGUGGAGGUGGGAGCCUGGAGAAUGCAGAACUUACUUCAGGUGGACAUCUUGGAAUGCUGGGUAGAAAGGAGGACCCCAUUUUUCAGAUGAAGCUGGCAGAUUACCACUCCUCUCCAUAUGACCACACCGCAAGGGCAGACGUUUAUUAAACUAGCACUUGUGUUUCCGUUACCGUACCCUUCUGGCUUUGUCACCUAAGUACACUGGCUGGAAGUGGCAGCAGUUCUGAGGUAGUGCUGAGCUUUGAGUGGCUUCCAGAUGUUUGUGGCAGCUGUGCAUUCCAUGGUAGGGAGGCUCCCUGACCUGUGGAAGCCCUAUUUUGUCCUAUUAUGUGAAGGGGAUACAGAAACAAGUGGGGGAAAAAAAAAAAGAACCUAUAUUCAUUCAUUCAGUAAAUAAGGGGACAUGUGGCCAGAACUGGACUGAUCUGUACAGAUGUCCUGGUGAAGAUGACAUCAGGGUGAGGAAGAUCUUCCUGAUGCUUUUAAACUUGUGGGUGACAUGGAGCUAAGAACGAAAUGGGAGAUUAAAAGAAUGUGUUAUCUUGUGAGAAGGCAGAUCUGCUCAAGGGGAAGGGCAAGGAAAGCCCAACUUCUGUCACAGAUGAAUACUAGCUUACUCAGGUGAGAAGUGGUCUGUGGUGGACUGCUGAUGAUAAGAGGCAUCAGAAUAGAGACCCUGCAUGUGACUGAAGGAGUCAUACACAUAACCCUGUAGUGACCUAAAGUGUACAUCUCCCUUAAAAGUUUGACCAGAUCACUGGUUCACAGGGACUAGAGGACAGGGACCCACUAGGACUAACAGAAGGGACUUGGGUGUUGGCCUUAAGGACACAAAACAUUAGUGAAUUAGGAAGACAGCCUUUUAGGCUGGCUGGAGUUUCAGACUGCUGGCCUAUUCCUUAAUAGAGUGAUGACAUUGACAUUUGUUGUGGAAAUACUUUGGAAAGAUAUCUGAAUCCCUGAAAAUUGAAAUAGCAGCUUGCUACUGACUCUUAUUUUGAGAGAUAAGAUAGUUUUCCUUUUAUUUCCUCGUCCCUUUGAUGUUUUUAACUGCCACCCAGAAAUUGAGCUCCAGAAGAUUGGAGACUUUAAGCAGUAUUUGAAAUAGUUUCUAAGUUCUGAGGCUUAUAUAAUUUAAAAGAUAUGAAUAUGAAAAUCACCUAAAGUAAGUGAAUGCUUGGUUAUUUGUAACUUGGCAUUUAUUUUUCCAGAACAUCUGUCUUGCAAGCAUCAGAGCAAACCAUUCAUAACUGUUAAGAGAAAUGUGGUAUAAGGAACACAUUUGCUUUUCCCUCUGUAGCGUGAAGUUUAUGUUCUCAAGACCUACCACAGAGUAAUUCAUAAGUGAGGAAAUUAAUACCUUAUUUGCAAAAAAAAAAAAACCUAUGAAAACUUUCUAAGUAUUUUAUGCUUAUAAAUAUAUAUAUUUUACUGAAAGUAAAUGUCAAUGUAAA